GGUGUUCAGAUCUAUGACUGCGUAAUAGAUCUACUCUGUGAUGAACCAGCUGUUCUGAUAGGGUGGUCCUUGUUGUUUUGUUACUCACGUACUUCAGGCCUCUUCCUUUUGGCCUCUACCUAAUCAACUAGCAUUUCCUGGAUUGAGUCAUUUCCCCAGCUGCGUUGACCCAGCAGCCAAAUGAGCGGUCACUGGGACGGACUUGGUGAGAACAACUUGACGGGGCUCUGAAGCAUUCCUUUGCCGCGAUGAGCCCGAAAGCCCUGCUCGUUCUCCUGCUGCUCGCUCUGGUUACCAUUUUUGCCUUGGUGUGCGUGUUGCUGACCAGGAGGGAGACACUUGUUCACUGUGCUGCAGGGUCUCAGGAUUCCCUGAACGGAAAGCACAAUGACCACAGCCUGGUAUUUGCUGACCUGUCCACAGAAGAGAUGGCCGUGGUGCUGAAGUAUCUGCAGACUCACCUGGGGCUGCCCUUGGUGGAUGCUUACCACGCCAACUCUUCUGAUAACUGUGUUUACUACUUGGAUGUGGAGGUGCCCCGCAAGGAACAGGUGCUGAAAUUCCUUGAUCAUGGAGGGCCAAAGCCUGUUCGACAGGCGCUGGCUGUGGUCUACUUUGGAAACCAGGCAGAACCAAACAUCACAGAGUACGUGGUGGGCCCGCUCCCGGCGCCAACGUACCAUCGGGAUGUGACGGCGGAGAAAUAUAGAGGCAAGUUAUCUUACCACGGCCGAACUGUGAUGGGGAACGAAUACGAACAAAUUGGGAAAUUCCUACUGGGAGGGAAGCUUCUUGAGGCUGCCACUUUCUUUCAUCAGGUGUUUGGUCACAACGGGAGCGACUUUUCGCCCCUCACCUCGGCCCCCCGGGGGUUCCAGUCUGGAGAUCGCGCCACCUGGUUUACCAUGUUCCAGAAUAUCAAGGGCUUCUUCCUGCAUCCGGUGGGAUUCGAGCUGCUGCUAAACCACAGCAGCCUCAACAUCUCUCACUGGAGCGUGCCAAAGGUGUUUUAUAAUGGUCAGUAUUAUGAUGGUUUGCAGGAGCUGGAAAAGGAAUUCAAAGCGAAUCGCGUGAAAGUGGCAAAAGUCAUGAGAGUCUCCUCUGACGGGGGGUUUGCUUCAAUCGACCGCAGGGUCCCCUCUCUGGGAUCUGGUCCUUUGCACUAUGAGCCCUGCGGACCGCGCUAUAGUGUAAAGAACAACCAAGUCAUUUCCCCAUCCUGGAGUUUUGCUUUCAGGAUGGACGUGAACAGAGGACCCAGUAUCUAUGACAUCCGAUUCAAGGGCCAAAGGAUUGUCUACCAACUCAGUGUGCAGGACGCCAUGUCUGUCUACGGCUCCAACUGCCCUGGUGGGAUGUCCACCCGAUAUAUGGAUGUCAAUUUUGCCUUGGGGAGGUAUACUUAUCCCCUCGUCCGCGGAGUUGAUUGCCCUUACUCUGCCACUUACCUUGACGCCGCUUAUUUAAUUGAGGCCUUGACUCCAGAGGUGCAGAAGAACUCCAUCUGCGUUUUUGAGCAGAACGUGGAGGCCCCCUUCCGGCGGCAUUACUCCAACCUCCAUUCUCUCUAUUACGGGGGCUUGACUGCCUUUGCGCUGGUCUUUCGUUCUGUAGCUACUAUGGGGAACUAUGACUAUGUCUGGGACUUCGUUUUCCAUCCAAACGGUGCUAUUGAAAGCAAAGUCAGAGCCAGUGGGUAUAUAACCUCAUCUUUCCUCUAUGGUGAUGGGCUGGACUAUGGCAACAGAGUUGCAGAGCACACCCUUGGGACGAUCCACACUCAUUUCAUCAACUACAAAGUGGACUUGGAUGUGGGAGGUGUUCAAAAUUCCUUGGUAGCCAACGACAUGACUUUUGAAAAAGUGAAGGCGCCUUGGAGCCCUGAACACGAGAUCAACCGGAUGAAAUUGGUGAAGAAAGUCUUAGACACCGAAGACAAGGCUGCCUUUCGCUUACACGACGACAUGCCAAGAUACAUAUAUUUUGCAUCAAAAAGCAAGAACAAAUGGGGCCAUAAUCGUGGCUAUCGGAUCCAGCCCAUCAGCUUUUCUGGGGACCACCUUCCAGAGACGGAUCCAAUGGAGAGAGCUAUCAGUUGGGGCAGGUAUAAGCUGGCUGUCACCAAGCGCAAGGAGGAGGAACCAUAUAGCACCAGCAUCUAUAACCAGAAUGACCCCUGGACACCUUCAGUUGCCUUUGCUGACUUCAUAGAUAAUGAGACGAUUGUCGAUGAGGACCUGGUGGCCUGGGUUACCACGGGCUUCUUGCACAUACCACAUGCGGAGGACGUCCCCAACACGGUGACGCUUGGGAAUGCAGUUGGGUUCCUCCUGAGGCCCUACAACUAUUUUGAUGACGACCCCUCCAUCUAUUCCCCGGAUGGCGUUUUCUUCACCAGCGAACAGGACCCGACUUCCUGUGACGUCAACCAUCUUGCCUGUCUGCCGAAGACAGCUUCAUGCUUACCCAACCUCCCGCCUUUCACUUACGAGGGCUUCCAAAACCUGACAAGGCUCUGAGGAGCUCUUGACUCUGGGUGGGCGGUUGGCAGGCAGAGGGAUCCGUGUGGACAGCUCAGCGUGAAAUUAGUAUGUAACCAGGGCAGUUACUCCUAAGCAGUUAUCUCCCUGCCUAUUAUCUUUCAACCCAAAUCUUAAGCCUUGCUUGCGUGUAUUGGACAAGUUUGGACAAAUUAUAUUUGCACUCCCAGACACAUUGCUCAACUGAAAUUUACCCUU